AUGCCGCCCCCAGAGACGACCCGCCCCGACAAGAGCAACGUAGCAACGGAGAUAAGGGGAGCCCGCCCGCAGCCCAGAGCAUCAGCAGAUAAGGCAAAGCCAGGUGUCCACAAGCCGGCGAUAAGAGCCGACACGGACAAAUGCAACGGUGUCACGAGGCCGCCUUCGUCCGCUCAGCUGACAUUUGGAAUAAAAACCGAGACGACCCGCCCCGACAAGAGCAACGUAGCAACGGAGAUAAGGGGAGCCCGCCCGCAGCCCAGAGCAUCAGCAGAUAAGGCAAAGCCAGGUGUCCACAAGCCGGCGAUAAGAGCCGACACGGACAAAUGCAACGGUGUCACGAGGCCGCCUUCGUCCGCUCAGCUGACAUUUGGAAUAAAAACCGAGACGACCCGCCCCGACAAGAGCAACGUAGCAACGGAGAUAAGGGGAGCCCGCCCGCAGCCCAGAGCAUCAGCAGAUAAGGCAAAGCCAGGUGUCCACAAGCCGGCGAUAAGAGCCGACACGGACAAAUGCAACGGUGUCACGAGGCCGCCUUCGUCCGCUCAGCUGACAUUUGGAAUAAAAACCGCGACACGGAGCGCACGCUUGCCCGUGGUCCGGCUCGCUGCCCUGUGGCUCGAAUCCUCGACGCCCUGGAGGGCCUCGGCGCCGCCCCCGCCCGCAGACAUGCCGAGGCCAGCUCCUCCACCGAGGGCGCCAUCCACGACGACGGAGAAUAACGCGAUCCCACGUCCGACGGCAAGGGAAACGUGGCAACAGCGUGCGGGGAGUCCAGUCACCUCCCGGGACGUUGCCAGCACCUACGACGUCUGUGUCCUGGCAGUGAACACGCAGAACCCGCGGACCCAGCACGCACGGCGUAUAUACGCCUUCGCCCCACAUGCAGGUGGCGCGGUGGGCGGCCGAGUGAGCGGAGACUCACCCCUCCCCUCACGCUCUGACUCACGCCCACCUAAGGAUGAGUCACUCACUGACUCACCCCCCUCACUCGUGUCCCUCUCUCGCCCUGAGGAGUCCCCGGACCCGACCCGACGCGUGGCCGCCGAGGCUUAUGCGACCCGCCGACGGCAGGGCGGACGUCUUCGAGGCAUCGUGGCCACGCCGUCCACUUCCACGAAAGACCCGAAUAAAUCUUCUGACGCCAAUCGAUCGAGAGCGCUGGUCAUUUUCUGCGAGGCCCCGGCGGCCAGGAUUUUGUAUCAUCUGUGA